AUGGACCCACUGAAUCCAUUUCCAAUGGAUUUGACUGCAUCUAUCCAACCCAUUACUAGCUGUUAUGCUGUGGUGGAACUCAAAAUCAAUCCCACAUUCACAUUUGAAUGGAACUCUCAAUGUUUGGGGAUACAUGUAGUGGUUGAAAAUCCUGAAGCUGCUGAAGGCCAGAGAUUGGUUUAUAGACAGGCUUCAUUGCUCAACAAUAACUAUAUUGGUGAGCCCAACAUAUUCACUUUUGCUAUGCCAAUGCUUCUCCCUCGUCCCUCAAAUUACAUAAUACAGGUUAGAGUAGACUCAUUUAAUUUUUUCUCGGGUGUUUUAACUCUUCCAGUAGACCACCUAACCUUUCCUGGAGACGAAAUACAGCCUGUGGAAUUAAUGAAACUCGAAUCUUUGCUGCCCAUUAAUUCAUUAAUAGAUGCACCUUAUGAAGAUCUAUAUAAGAAACAGUUCAAAUAUUUUAAUCCAAUUCAGAUUAAGGUGUUCCCUGUCAUCUAUCAUUCCGAUGAUAAUGUAUUUGUUGCUGCUCCACCUGGGAGCGGAAAAACUGUAUGCGCAGAAUUGGCUAUUUUGAGGAAUCACAAACACAAAAAGGGUACCAUUGUUUAUAUUGCACCCGUUCAAGCUCUGGCCCAUAAAAGAUAUGUUGAUUGGGAAGAGAAAUUUAGGGGUCUCGAUUUGAAUGUCGCUGAACUAACGGGAGAUAUUGAGACCGAUGUGGAACUGCUUCAAACAAGACACCUUAUAAUUAGUAUUCCACCUGUAUGGGAUGCUCUAUCCCGUCAAUGGAAACAAGUACCCGUUGUUCAACAAGUUAGUCUCUUCAUUGUGGAUGAUUUGCAUUUUAUGGGAUUAUCUAAAGAGGGUCAUAUAUUAGAGUCCAUUUUAGUUAGAAUGAAUCAUGUUGCGAGUCAAAUGGAAAACAAGUUUCGCAUGGUUGCUUUCUCAGCUUCACUUGCCAAUGGAAAGGAUAUGGGGGAAUGGAUUGGAGCCAGCUCCCGGGGCCUUUUCAAUUUUUCUCGUCAUGUUCCUCUGGAAUUAUCAAUUAAACCUGUAAAGCUCUUCGGAACACAUAUAUACAAUUCAACCCAAAGGUUUAAGGAAAGGGUCAAGUCUACUUUCCUUAUUAUUACACAAAAUGCCAACAAUGGGGAUACUACUCUGGUAUAUGCACCUACAGAAGACCAUCUCUUCUUCACAGUUAUGGAAUUGAAUCGUCUCUUGGAGAACAAGCCACUUGUUUAUGUACAGCCAGAAUCAUUAAAAACUGCUAUUAAUGAGAUCAGUGAUUCAACAUUAAAACGUAGUCUAUCAUGUGGAAUAAGCUACCUUCAUGAAGACAUGAACCCUAAAGAUCAGGACAUUGUAUCUGACUUAUACAAAGCCGGUCUAAUUAGAGUAUGUAUAUUAAACAGCUCCAUGUGUUGGAGAGUGUCAAUGGUGGCACAUCAAGUGGUUGUAAUGGGAACCGGAUACGAUGAUUACGAUGGACCUAAUCUUCCUCUUGUCGAUAUUUUCCAAAUGUCGGGCCAAGCGGGUCGGUAUUCAGUCGACAGCGUUGGAAAAUUCACCAUCAUGUGCCAUCCGGGUGAAGAGAGUUACUACCGAUUAUUUUUAGAGCAGUCUUGUCCCGUGGAGAGUCGUCUCCAUCAAUCUUUACUGGAUAUAUUGAAUGCUGAAACUGUUUGCGGGAACAUUGCAAACAUGCAAGAUGCCAUGAAUUACUUAGCGCAAACAUUCAUGUGUCAGCGCCUCGAGAAGAAUCCGAGUUAUUACCAUUGUCACAUAGAGGUUGGCAGUUACCUGGAAUUGCUAAUCGAAAGAUCAUUCAAUGAGUUAAUAACAGAUGGGGUUGUUUUACAUCAUGGUGGGCUUAAGCUUUCCCCUUCUGAUCUCGGAAGGAUAGCAUCGGACACUUACCUCAGCUGUAAAACAAUUGUGGUAUUUUCUAGAAUGCUGACACAAGAAAGUGAUGUAUGGCGACUUUUGGAAAUUUUGUGUUCAGCUUAUGAAUAUAAGGCACUGCUGCCUAAUAGACGGGUGCUUAUUGAUGAUAAAAAAAUAAAAGAUCUAUUCUCCGAUCAGAUAUUUGCCGAAAAUGCAAACUUCAAUGACCCUCACGUAAGGGCCAAUGCCCUGCUUCAGACUUACUUCUCAAGGAUAAAAGCUCUAAGUAGUAACCUUAUAGAGGACAGAAAAGAGGUUGUGUUGUUAUUGGAUAAGCUUUUAGUUGGGUUGAUUGAAGUGGCAUCGAAGAGGGGUUGGGUCUCAUUGAUGAAACGUGCUACAAAUAUUAGAGCAAUGACUGUGCAUGCAAUUUGGCAUAAUGAUGAUUCUUUUCUUCAACUUCCCUAUUUUACAAGAAAAAUGGUUACUAAAUGCAGAGAAAACAAUAUUUUAAGUUUUUCUGAUUUGUGUAACUCAGAGACACAAUAUAUAUGUGAACUACUACGACUGAGAACUUUCCAAUGGUUGGAAAUCACCCGAUUAAUCAAAGGUAACCAACUUCCUUUGAACUAUUCAGUCAAGGUGGAUGGUAUAAUUGUAGGGGGGAAGAGAACAGUUGAUGUGGAGUUGAGUACCAAGAGAAGUGGGGAUGAAAUAUUUAUUUCUUCCCCUUUUUAUCCCGGUAAAAAGAGAGAAAAGUGGUGGGUUUUUGUUGAAGAUGCACAAAACCAAUUACUUACGUAUCGGCUAGUAAGUCCGUGGGCUUAUAAGGGAGAUUUAGCUAUCACAUUACGGUUUACAGUUCCAGUUCAGCCGGAGACAACAUGGUAUAACAUAACUUUCAUUAGUGAUUCAAUGAAGGGAAUUACUAAAAGGAGAGUUUUUCAUGUGAAAGGUUAUGACAUAGAGUAA